AUGCAGAGGGCAAUAGAGUCACCUAAGAAGCUUACCGAAAAGGAAAUAUACCUUAUGAAGGAUCGACUGUGGACAGGCAGAACUGAUAAUGAAUUCCACGUAUACUUCGACGCGUUGACGGCUCUAAGCGAGAUAUUGGACGAGUAUUGCAAAGGGAUAGAAGAGCGUCUGUGGCGCUUUCAACGACUUCUCUAUGAGGAACGCGAAGACGAGGCCUUCGAGAGCGUCAAGAGGAAGCUACUGGAGAAUCCCGCAUGGCCUUCUAAAAAUGCAACUGGUGCUAAGAGCUUUCCAAUUAUUUUGAAUGCACUGCGCAGGAGGUUCAAGGAGCUACGAGCGCAAGGGCGCGGUUGGCAACACCUGUAUCCGAGAAACGAAAUCGAUAACAUAUAUGGGGGCCCCACAGAGGAGGAGCGGAAGAAGGGUCAUGGCCGUUCUGAAGGUAUCCUCCAGAAUGUAUUCUUAUAUUUGGAUCGGGAAUCUGCGGAAUCGGUUCUCUUUUCUUGGGGGCGUGUGGAUGGCAUGAGGAUCUGGGCCGUUGACCCAGACUAUGAGCCAAGCGACGAUACCGCCAAUGGAUAUCAAGGUUAUUUACGUGUACGCCUUCAGCAGCUUGUGGACAACUUCUACACCGCUCGGCGCUGGCAUGCGAAUGAGUCGUCGAUGGAGGACUUGUGGAGGGCGGCGCAGAAGGACCCUAAGAACGGCGCUUUCAUAUCCAUAAAAGACGAGGAACUUUUCAGGACUGAGCCCGGCAUCCAGACCCACAUCAAAUAUCGAGACUUCUGGACUCCAUCAAAUUGA